AUGACAGAAACAGUAAAAAACGGUAACGGAAUUGAUACACCGACCACAGUCAACUUGGAUAACUCUCAAAAAAUGAUACAUAGUAGUUCUGAUGAUCAAUUAAUUCUUGAAAAGCUUCUCAAAGAUUAUGAUCAACGCGUUCGACCUCCACCAACUAAUAAUUCAGAUAAUCGAUGGCCAAAUCUUUCAGCAUCUGUUGGGCCUGUUAUUGUUAAAGUAAACAUUAUGCUGCGAAUGUUAAGUAAAAUCGAUGUUGUGAAUAUGGAAUACAGCAUGCAGAUAACAUUCAGGGAAAGAUGGCUUGAUCGUAGAUUAGCUUAUGAAAAUAUGCAUAUCACUAAUAUGCCCAACUUCCUUACAGUUCCCUACAUCAAAAACAAUAUUUGGAUGCCUGAUUCAUUCUUUCCGACUGAAAAAGCAGCACAUAGACAUCACAUCGAUACAGAGAAUAUGUUUCUGAGGAUAUAUCCGAACGGACAGAUAUUAUACAGCGUACGAUUAUCAUUAACACUAUCAUGCCCAAUGCAUCUACAGCUUUAUCCUCUCGAUGUGCAAUAUUGCGAUUUCGAUUUAAUUAGCUAUGCUCACACUGUCACCGAUAUUGUAUAUGAAUGGGAAAGAGAAGGAGGACCACCAGUACAAAGAAAACCCGGUGUUGGUAGUGAUCUGCCUAAUUUUCUGCUCACAGCUAUAGAAACAAAUCAUGAAUGUACCAGUCAUACUAAUACAGGAACCUAUGCUUGCUUAAGGAUGCGUCUCGAACUUUCGCGUCAGUUCAGCUACUAUUUAAUCCAGCUAUACGGUCCAACAACAAUGAUCGUAAUUGUCAGCUGGGUCAGUUUCUGGAUUGAUAUACAUUCCACAGCAGGUCGUAUUGCUCUUGGCGUUACUACUUUGCUCACAAUGACAACACUGACGUCAUCUAUUAAUGCAAAGUUGCCUCCUGUAAGCUAUGUAAAAGUGGUGGACGUUUGGCUAGGCGCUUGUCAAGCAUUCGUAUUUGGAGCACUUCUAGAAUAUGCUUUCGUUUCUUAUCAAGAUAACUGUCUUCAAGAGAAGAACUAUAUGUCAAGAAAAGGACGUCGAAGAAUUGAUAAACGAAGCACUGAAAAUCAACAAAUUUACCCCCAGCAAUGUACCUGUUAUUUGUUAUCAGUGCAUCCACAUGAAAGAGUGGCGGAUCGCAUCAAACAACUUUUCAUGAGGCCUACUUAUUUUCCAGCUAAAAUUGAUUUCUAUGCCCGAUUCUGUGUACCGAUUGCAUUUACAAUAUUUAAUGUUAUCUAUUGGACAGCAUGUUUUGUGAUGACGUCUGAAUACGGUCCUAAAAACUGA